AGAGAGAUAAAAGAACCCGUGGGUAUAAAUUCCUCCCUGAACUUCUAUAGUCGGCAAUGAAGCGCGUAUUCCGUUAAUCUCCCUUCCACCAAGAAUUCGACCGAGACAGAAUAUAUAUUUCAAAGAUUUCUUGGAGACUCUAGAGACUAGAGCAUAGAGUAAAGAGAGGAAUUUGUCUCUGUAACUCCAGUCAUUGAUUUGGCUUAUCAUUAUUCCCAUUCUAUAAAACUCCUACGGUGUUCUCAUCAAUCUUGGUCCAUCGACUGUUUUCUUACCAUUUCUUGAGGGGAAGAGAGAGAGAGAGAGAGAGAGAGGCACGAGUGUUUAAGAGCGAGUGAGGGGAUAUAGAGGAAUGAACAAAGAAGAUGAUGAUGACCCAGAAAAGAGGGAGUCGAAAUCAGAGCCAAGAUCAUCUGGGCAGUACGCAUGGUUGACGAACUUUCACCGUGAUCUGAUGGCCGGAGCGGUGAUGGGCGGGAUGGUUCACACGAUUGUGGCCCCGAUAGAGCGAGCAAAGCUUCUCUUGCAAACCCAAGAGAGCAACCUUGCCAUUGUCGGAGGCGGUGGCCGUAGGAGAUUCAGUGGUAUGUGCGAUGUCAUCGUACGUACGGUCCGAGAGGAAGGCAUUCUCUCUCUUUGGAGAGGCAAUGGAAGCAGCGUUAUUCGCUAUUACCCUUCGGUCGCUCUCAAUUUCUCGCUCAAGGAUCUCUAUAGAAGCAUGCUAAGAAGUGGAAAGAUUGAACAGGGUCAUUUUCUGUCUGGUGCAUCUGCCAAUUUCAUUGCAGGGGCUGCAGCUGGUUGUACAACACUGGUCUUGGUAUAUCCUCUUGAUAUUGCACACACACGUCUAGCUGCCGAUAUUGGGAAGACUGAAGUUCGUCAAUUUCGAGGCAUCUACCAUUUCUUGGCUACCAUACACAAAAGAGAUGGGAUUCAAGGGAUGUAUAGGGGGCUUACUGCCUCUCUACAUGGGAUGGUUGUUCACCGUGGCCUUUAUUUUGGAGGAUUUGAUACGAUAAAAGAGAUGAUGUCAGAAGAAUCUAAGCCCGAGUUGCCAUUGUGGAAGCGAUGGGUGGUGGCUCAGGCAGUCACGACAUCUGCUGGGUUGUUGUCAUAUCCAUUGGAUACAGUGCGGAGGCGGAUGAUGAUGCAAUCUGGCUCGGAAAAUCCUGUGUAUCAAGGCACCCUAGACUGCUGGAGGAAGAUUUAUAGGACAGAAGGGAUGAUUUCAUUUUAUCGUGGGGCUGUUUCAAAUAUUUUUAGGAGUACUGGCGCAGCUGCCAUCUUGGUCCUGUAUGACGAGGUGAAGAAGUUCAUGAAUUGGGGUCGACUGUAGCCGGGAACUCUUUCGGUUGCUCAUUUGAUCUUGACAAGUUCAAAUUAGAUUACAAUGACGCAAUGCGAUCAGAAAACCUUGGGCAAUACAGUUACUGUAUCACCUUGACUAAUGACAUUCAUUUGCCACUUCGCUUUCUGAGGCUCUGCUUGGCAAUUUACACCUUGAUUUUUUGUUAGUGAUAAAAAGAAAUAAAGGAGCAGAAUUUUGGCAAUCUUAUGUGGAAGCUUCUCUCGAUUAAUAUUGUCUACUUUAUGGAUUUAGGUUUCGGGGAUUUGUGAUGCUUUGCUUGUUGCUUUAUAUGCUCACUGACCUGGAGCUUUCUACGUCUUAUGACGUUUAGAAUUGAACCGACGUCAGGCUGCUAUGUCCAUCACACACAAAUGCUACCAAUUUCAUUUGUCUUGACUUUUUGUUUUUUUUUGUUUUAUAACCAGAACUUCAUUCAACUGAAAAUAACGUCAAUACAUCAAUUGUUAUCAAACCAUAAAGCAUGGUGAACAAAAGAAGGGAUCUGCUCCCACCAAAUAUUAAUAUCAACAACGUUCCCAGCAUAUCUAAGGCAGGAGCUACCCCAUUCCCCAUCCUGUUGACAUGCAGCACUUGUACUUCCUGGAAACGCAGCAGCAGGUUCUUAAUCUCAUUGAGCAAAUUACCAGCACUAGCAUAAGAGGCUUCUGUGGAUUGCAGCUCCUGAACCACACUGAGACAAUCAGUUUCAUUGAUCAAUUUUGGAAUGCCAAGUGGACGGCAAAGUUGUAUCCCUCUAGCUCAGUCUUGCUUGCUGCCAUCACAAUUGCUCCAUUUUUAUCUCGCAAAACGACCCCAACUCUAGUUUUCCUCAGUCCAGUAAAGACUACCCCAUCAACAUGUAAUUUGGGAACACCAUCUGCUAGAGCUUGCCACUUAAUCAGCUUUUGUAAUUGCUCCCUUGAUGUAUAGCUCGCACAUCAUUGAAGGCUUUGCAUAUUGAUAAAGCAUGUUCAACUGCUUGGACAGGUUG